UACUUACACUCGUAUCAGCCAAACGUGCGCGCGGCUUCGAGCCACAACAACAGUUAUAAUACAUAGUACUACAUAAAAGAUAACAGCACCAAACUAAAUCGAAUUUACUUGCUAAAAACGAAAAUAAUUCUUACCAACGAACUCGACAAGUGCAUUUUGACAGCCGGUAUAAUAUCUGGCAUUAUACCUACCAUAUCUCAAUCCAAUUUCCUCAACUCUUACCUACGCUCGAGUCCAGUUUCCGCGUGCGGCUUCUUCACGCUGACGCUGAGGCUGACGUCGUUGUGCGCCAAUUUUUGUCUAAUUUGUGUGCUCAGCGCGUGCAGUAAAGUUGGGAGUCUAUGCUAAUUGGCCUGAUCUAGCGCUAAAAUAAAUAUCUGGUUUCGGCAUUUAUUUACCUUACCGUGUGCUUCUAAAUUCUGUAUGUUUAAGUUGUGUUAUCUCGAAUUCUCGCCGGUCUGCAAAUAAAUUUGACAACAAUUUGUGGUGCACGCAAGAAUAAGAGGAGAGAAACACCGACUGUGGGAAAAGAAAAAGUGCAAGUGUUGUUAUACAAAAAUUUAUUUUGAAUUUCAUUCACAUAAUUGCUGACUCUUCGAAUUUUGUGGAAUUGCAAAAACAAAAGGUACGAGUUCAAAUUCACGACCUUUAACAACUUUAGUUAUUUUCCAAUGCAUUUGGGCUUGACAGCUGCACUCCCAUCGCUUUUUGUCGAAACGCAAAUGCAAUUAAACGCAUCAACAGCUAUGUAAAAAUUGAUCGAGAAGUGCGAAAAGAAGAGACAGAGACCGCAAAAACUUUGGAAAAGCAGUGCCAUCGACAAAAGCAGCCAAUAUUCGGACGAUAUAGAAGGAGUCCCCAAGCAGUCAAUAUGAAUUGCAACAGCAGAAUGCUUUGUUCUUCAGUAUUUAUCUUAGUUUUAGCCCUACACAUUAGCCAGGCGCAGUAUCACGCCAGUGGUGCCAGCGUCAAUUUGCCCUUCUAUGGGAACACACCUUUACAUGCUGAGGCCGGCGCGCAUGCGCCUGUGGCUGACACGCCCACACCCAAGCAGCGCAUGCGUCGAAUGUAUGCGAUGUGUCCACCAUUGUUUCAGCGUGUGGGCACCGAGUGCUACUUCAUGCCCGAGCAGCGCAGCAGCUGGCUGGAGGCUCACUUCUUCUGCAAGGACAAAAAUGCCAACCUGGCCGAGCCACAAAAGUUCUCAGAUCGCAAGCUGCGAGCGUUUCUGCAGCAACACGAUGCACAGAGUGGUAAGCACGAGCCAAUUUGGUUUGGGGCUACGUACGAUCACCGCAACCACAUCUGGCAAUGGAGCAUUACUGGCAACAAUUUAACGUACAAUAACUUCGCCCAAUUGGAUCCCACCUAUGUGCACCUUAUCUCCAACAGCAAGCUGCAGGAUAGCCAUUGCGCUGUGUACGAUCCGAGCAUUAAGUAUCGCUGGUCGGCACGCGCUUGUCCCGAUAAAUUCCGUUUCAUAUGCCAGCACAAAAUGCCAAAGGUCAGCGAGGCGAAUCGGCAUAAGAUCUAUACGCGCUGGAACACAACCUAUCCACAUCAGCUGGCCAACGAAGUGGUUUUGGAAGUCAUCGAUCGUGGAGAUAAUGAUCGCAGAUAUCAUCGUCGCGUUAAGGCAGAAGGCAGUGCAGAGGAGAUGGUGAUUCCGGCACGUAAGGGAGGACGUCGUCGCCGCCCACAGCGACCACGCAAUCAGUCGGCAGCACAUCCCAAUGAUGUCAACUAUCCACAAUCGCACACACAGCGUCCCCCUAAGCGCCCAAGGCCCAGCACUACGUCCACGACUUCAGCACCAGGACAUCUAUUGGACAACGAGGUGGUUCCCCGCGUGACAGCAACGCCCGGCAUCGCCACGCAACAGAUGACCCAAUACGAUCGCAAGCUGCAACGUCAGCGUGAAAAGGAGCGCAAACGCCAGCAGCGCAAGCGUGAACGCCAGGAGCGUCUGCGCCAGGAACGACGCGAGCGUAAGCAGCGCCUCGAGCAGCAACAACGACAACAACGGCAGCAACAGCAACGCCAGCCUAUUACCUACAGGCCGGAGGAGUUGCGACAACGGGACGAUGAACAACAACAGUUGCGGCAGCAGCAGGAGGAUGCCGCUCAGCGACGCUACCAGGCCGAGCGCGAACAGCUGGAACGCGAGCAAAAGGAACGUGAACAAAGAAAACACGAGGAGAAGCAGCGGGAACAGCAAGAGCGAGAACAGAAACAGCGUGAGCAGCAAGAGCGAGAACAGCGUGAACAGCGUGUGAGAGAAAUCGAACAGCUGAAGGAAAAGCAUGCUAACGAGGAACGUCAGCGUGCCGUGGACGAGGAUGCUGAACGUCUGCGACAGCAGCGCUUGCAGAAACAACGAGAGCGCGAAGCCGAAGAGAGACGCGUGCGCGAGGAAGAGCGCCGCAAGCAGCGUGAGGAGCAGGAGGAAGCCGAUCGUCGUUAUGCCGCCGAACGCGCCGCCGAAGAGGAACGAUUGCGAAAAGAGUACGAGAAACGAAUACUCGAAGCUAAAAACGAACAGGAGCGCCUCAUGCAGGAGGAGCGUGAGGCCAAACGCCGUGAAUUGCAGGAAGUUCAGGAACGCCUCAAGGCUGAGGAACGUCAGCGACAGGAAGAGAUUGAACGCGAACACAAGGAGCAACAAAUGCGCCUUGAACUGGAACGUAUCGAGGAAGCCAAGAAGAUGGAGGAGCGAGAACUGAAACGUCUAGAGGAGGAGAACAAAAAGCGAGAGGAGCAGCAAAGAAAACGUGCGCAAGAACAGGCCGAGCUUGAAGCCGAAAAGAACCGCCUAGAAGAGGAGGAGAAACGACUCCGUGAAUCCAUCGCUGCUGAAAAUGAGGCACGCAAACACCAGCACGAGGAAGAAAUUCGUCGCGAAGAGGAGGCAAAGAAAGCAGAAGAAGAGGCCGAAAAACAGGAAAAAGAGCGCAAAGAGCGUGAACGCCAACAGCGUCUAGACGCAGCCCGAAGAGAAUCGGACGCGAUGGUGCAUCGCGAAAUGGAGGCCAAGCGACGCAACUAUGCCUCACGCAUUGCUGCACUAAAGCCCGAGGAUCAGCAAAAGUUCAUAGAGAUGCGCAAGCGACGCAAGCAGCUAAAGGAGCGACAGCUGCGAGCACUGCAGAAGAAGGAACUGGAGGAACAGCGGCUGCUGCAGCAACAAAAGGACGAGGCACUGAAGGAGGCGCUGAACGAGGCGAACCAGUAGAUCGAUCUACUCGCACACACACAACACACAUAAACAACAAUUACGCCGAAAACAAAAACUACUAAUACAUAUCGUUAAAAACAAAACAAAAUAAGUUUCUGGCCUGCGACCAUGAAAGUGGCAAACAUUUUAAAAUUUAGUUCGACAACGAUGCUUUUUCUUGUAUGCUUUCGAAAAACUCAAAAGUAUUAUUUACAACAAACGGAAAAAAGCCCGCAUUUCCUCUCCUUAAGAACACCAAAAAACUACAGCGACAUAAACAACAAUAAUAAUAUCAACAUCAACCGCAACCGCAACAACAUCAAUUAAUAUCGAAUAUUAUAAUUGAAUUGAAUUUUAAAACAGUCGCGCGUGCACUUUUUCGAAAAUAUUUUCACUGCGAAAUAUUUCUAUGCAUAAAGUUAGCGUCGCACUUUAAAAGCAAAAGCUCUUUAUAGUAAUGUACAUAUAUGAUAUAACACUUUAUAUAAAUAAAUAUAUAGGCAUAGCGUAUAAAGAAUAUACAGACACACAUAUACAUGAGCGUAAACACAACGUUUCCUUAAUAACCAAAAUAGCAAUUAGCGAGCAUCAGCAUUUUUAUUAAACAAUGAACGGACAAACAACCAAGCACUGGCGAUAUUAUUUUUAAUUUUUAGCUACCGAUUUUUUUUAAUUUUGCACCGAUAUCACUCAAAUACAAUAUUAAUAAUGAUAAUUAAUUGCAAUUGAUAACUUCUGGAGUUUCACAACUCCUUCAAUUUUUCGCCAAAAGCAAUAUCAAUAUAUGUAUGUGCGAAUAAUAAUGUCUCUACUUAUGGUUGUUGUACACCUAUUUGCUAGACAAGUACAUACAUGAAAUAAUUUUUUUCUACCAUUUACAAUACUUACAAUACAUACUUAAAAAGGAAAAAAUGAGAAAAGAGAAAAGAGAAAAAGGUAAGAAUCAAUUGUGAAGAGAGUGCCAGAGCUGGGCAAAAACUAUUAUACUAACUAGUUAAGUUAAUUUGAUAUAUUUAAUAAUUAAUUAUUGUACGUUUAAAUGUAAAUUUAUUAUAUUUUUUGUAAUACCUCAAAUGCAAAAAUGUUGAAAUUUCUAUGAAUUAUAUUCUGCUACGAGUAUGUUCUUUCCGAAUGUUAAGAAGAAGAUCAACAUUUCUUUUUUGAAAUCACAUGAGAGAAGCAAUUUCUAGCCAAGUAAAACGCAUUUUUUAAAUACAAGCAAGUCUAACUAACAAAUUUUAAACAUUAGACAACUGCAUACGUCUUUAAAUAAUGAUCCAGAAAGAAAAUGCAGGAGAAAUACAAUCAAGCAAAUAGUCAACAGCAAUUAAGCGAGAAAUCACCUUUACGAAAAUAGACACAGCACCAUAAGCAGAUCGACGUAUGAAAUUGAAACUUAUCUUGAUAUAUAUUAAUAUUAAUAAUAAUAAUACAAGUAAUGCAACCGAAAAAAUAUAGUUAAAAUAAAGUUUUAAACAAACACUGAA